AUGCACCGACGCAAGCGAAGCGCGACCGGCGCGGUCGACGACGCGAGCCUUCGCGCGUACUCCCCGACGAAGCGUUCGUCCCCGCGCGCGAGCCCGUCGUCGUCCGUCCCCGUCCCCGUCCCCGUCCCCAUCCCCGUCCCCGUCCCCGAGAGCCCGCCGCUGCCGAAGCUAAGGCCGCUGCGCCUGAAGCCGUGCUCGCCCCCGGACGCGGACGCGGACGCGACGCGCGCGGCGGCGGCGAGCGGCGCGGCGAAGCCGCCGGGCGCGGCGGCGGCGGCGGCCGCGGGAACGACGCGCGGCGGAAACGGCGGCGGCGGAGAGCGCCGGGACGACGACGAGCGCACGCCUCGCGUCGCCGCCGCCUCCUCCGUCGCUCGCGCCGCUAUCAACGACGAGCGCACGCCUCGCGUCGGCGCCGCCUCCUCCGUCGCUCGCGCCGCGAUCAACGACGCGGGUUCGCCCCCGGACCCGCCGCGGUUCGCGCGGCGGACGAGCCAAGGGAACGACGUCUUCGCGUCGAGCGAGCGCGAGCGGCGGUCGCUCGCCGCGGACGCGUCCGGCGCGGUGGGGUUGGAGACUGCGGCUGCCGCCGCCGCCGCGACCGCGACCGCGACCGCGACCGCAACCGCGUGCGAGCGCUGUGGCGAGAAGGACGCGACGAUCGACGACCUUCGCGACCAGCUCUCGUGGCUCCGCGCGUGCAUGCGCGCGAUCGCGACGAUGGCGGAGCAGCAGGUGAAACGCGAGCAAGCGGAGGAAGCGAGGCUCGAGGCGCGUCCCUUUCGUCCGUUUUCUCUCGUCGCCGGCGCCAAAACGUUUAUUUACGCGAGACGCCUCAUCUCGACCUCCCUCCCCCCCCGCCAGGCGCUCGAACGGCGGCUCGGCGCGUACCGCGCGAGGCUCGGCCGCUCGUCCGCGGCGAGCUCGGGAAGCCCGCUCUCGCGUUCGCAGUCGCACUCGAACCUCCUCGAGCCGUUCGCGCGGGGCGCGGGCGGCUGGGACGAGCUCGAGCGGGAGGUGCGUUCUCCUCACACUGGUCCCCAUACGACCGCGUCGGCGUGGUGGACGCCGUCUCUUAGGGACUUCGCCCGUCCUUUCUCUACGCCCACCCCUCGCUUUCAAUCUCCGCCCUCGACGCCUUUCAACUCCAACUGA